GUGGCAGAAUGUCAGCAUUGGUGACAUCAGUACCAUUAUCUGCGGAUGAUAAUGCCACUUCUUCGUCUGCUCCCACGGCAGUGACAACAACGGACAUUCUGACAACACCUUUGUUUUUAAAUGCUACCAAUAGUACUGUGCCACACAAAUGCUUGGUGCUGUUGUAUGAGGACAUUGGCACAUCCAGAGUUCGUUACUGGGACCUUCUGCUAUUGGUUCCCAAUGUACUUUUCUUUGCAUUUCUCCUCUGGAAGCUGCCUUCUGCCAGGGCCAAAAUCCAUGCCACUUCCAGUCCCAUUUUUACCACAUUCUACAUACUGGUGUUCGUAGUUGCUGUGGUUGGGAUUGCUCGAGCUGUUGUCUCCAUGACAGUCAGCGCUUCUACUGCUGCUACAGUCACUGACAAGAUCCUGUGGGAAAUCACAAGAUUUUUCCUUCUGGCCAUUGAGUUGAGCAUGGUGAUUUUGGGCCUUGCAUUUGGCCACCUGGAGAGCAAAUCCAGUGUCAAGCGUGUCCUGGGUAUCACCACUGUUCUGUCGUUGGCCUACUCGGUGACACAGGGAACUCUGGAAAUCCGUUAUCCUGAUGCCCAACUCUCAGCAGAAGAUUUUAAUAUUUAUAGCCAUGGAGGAAGGCAUUUCUGGCUUGCCAGCUCUAGUUUCUUCUUUCUGGUAAAAUAUGUUCUUGCAAGGAAGAGUUUCUAUAUCUAUGCAGGAAUUCUUGCUGUGCUCAAUUUAGUGCAAGGUAUUGGCAGUGCUCUGCUCUGUGCAGGCAUCAUCGAAGGCUUGUGCUGCGUGGAUGCCACCACCUUCCUCUAUUUCAGCUUUUUUGCUCCACUCAUCUACGUGGCAUUUCUGAAAAGCUUCUUUGGGUCUGAACCAAAGAUCCUCUUCUCCUAUAAGUGCCAGGUGGAUGAACCUGAGGAUGUUGAUGUGCAUCUUCCCCAUGCCUAUGGGGUAACCAAAAAAGAAGGGCUGGAUUCUGGCUUCUACUCCAACACUCAGAUUGACACCACAGCAUACCUGGACGAUGUUGCUUCCAUGCCGUACCACGUGGGCAGCAUCAAUAGCAUUGACAGUGAUCGAUGGAAAGCCAUUAACUCCUAAAGGCAGAUGUGGUUGAAAGAAUAACUUUCUCUUGCACCCAUUGUUCCCUUCAGAUAAUCAUUUGGAACUCUUAACGUGUUUGUCUUCUCUU